GGUGAGGUCGACUGUGACCACGGAGUGAUCGCGGAGGUGGUAAUAGGUUAAAUCCUGGAGGGGCUGCUCCGAGCGCAGAACGGAAACCGAGAUUUCUCCCGAGACCUGGGCAGCGGACGUCUCCCCCCGAGGAGAAACCAUUAUUAUGGCAAUCAGAUUGCUGGGCCGGCGGGGAUUGCGGUCUGUGCUUCCGAGCAAGUCUCUCUCUUUGAGAACCUUGGCUGGGGAUAAUCGGUGCCACUUCUUCAUGAACGAACCCCCUUGUACUCCUACUGGAGAGAGUUUUCCAGGGACACAGCUUAGAAAAAUGCAGGCCUCAUGUGUCACCAACUGCUGACCCACCGCCUUGAUGACAGCACCCCUGUGCACCUUCCCAGUUCAGUUCCGGCAGCCCUCAAUCAGCGGCCUCUCACAGAUCACCAGAAGCCUGUACAUCAGCAAUGGUGUAGCUGCCAACAACAAGCUCUUGCUGUCCAGCAACCAGAUCACUUCAGUCAUCAAUGUCUCAGUAGAGGUGGUAAAUACCAUCUAUGAGGAUAUCCAGUAUACACAGGUGCCUGUGGCUGACGCACCCAUCUCCAAGCUCUAUGACUUCUUUGACCCCAUUGCCGACCACAUCCACAAUGUGGAAAUGAAGCAGGGCCGUACACUGCUACACUGUGCUGCUGGCGUGAGCCGCUCAGCCACUUUGUGCCUUGCCUACCUCAUGAAGUACCAUGCCAUGUCCCUGCUAGAUGCCCACACAUGGACCAAGUCAUGCCGGCCCAUCAUCCGACCCAAUGCUGGCUUUUGGGAGCAACUCAUCCAUUAUGAGUUCCAGCUGUUUGGCAAGAAUACUAUACACAUGGUCAGCUCCCCAGUGGGAAUGAUCCCUGACAUCUAUGAGAAGGAUGUCCAUUUAAUGAUUCCACUGUAAAUCAUCUCCUAGGCCCCUGCUUUGGGUCCAAGUACAGACCUAUUGUUGAUCCUAUAUCAGGAUCUGAACUUGAAGGAUCUUUGUUGAUACAGGAAUGUACUAGAUGAUACCUUUUAUAAGGGAAAAAAAAAGAAAGUGAUACCACAGCUUUCAACUUUGUAACCUAUAUCUUUAAAGAUUAAACUUGAUUGUUAGAGGUGAAGAUAAAUUUUCUACCCUAUGAGUGGCAGGCCAUGGCUGCUGGCCAGAGGGUGAAAUAAGGCAGGUGGUACACUGGAGAGAGACCAGAGCACGAGUGCCUGGAAUCCUGCUGCCCUUCGCUAGACUGAACAACUCAUAAAUGAGACUGCCACAAUCCUACUUUGUUCCUUCCAACCCAAAACCAGAGCCUUAAGCAUCAUGGCACCCCCUGAACUUUUUACAGUAAGUGCCAACCUACUGGAUAAGUGGCCUUCAAAUAGUGCUCUAGGAACCCUACAGGCCCCAAACAACCUACAUCCAUCAGUGGCCCUACUCUAGUUUUCUAAGAUCAAAUUUACACAGAAGAUAGUUU